GGAACUCAGUCACUGGAGAGCUCCCAGGGUCACUCAUUCUGACAGCUCCCUAAGAAACCGAGCAUUCACAGGGAAGCACACUGUGGCUGAGUACCUUGUAGACUUCUGGGCUGUUCUUUAGAGACCUAACACAGACAUGCUCGCCCUCCGGCUGCUGCUUUGGGCUUGCUUGGUGUGGGGGUCUUUAGGCAGGACAGCCAAUCUCAGAAAAGGCAAUGACCGGAAUGGCAGAUGCCUCUACACUUUCACUGUGGCCAGUCCCAAUGAGGCCAGCUGUCCAGGAUCUGGAGAAGCCAAUCCAGCCAUCCAGGACCUCCAGAGAGACAGCAAUGCUCAGAGAUCAGAGUUAGAAGCUGCCAAAAGCCGGCUCAGUGUCCUGGAGACCCUCGUGAAGCAACUAGGAGGGGACGAAAUUCCGAAUCUCAUGCCUCCAGCUGUCCAGGAGAUGCAAAGAGAACUGGAAAACCUGAGAAGGGAGAAAACCAGCCUGGAGUCUGACUAUAACAGAUUUCUCCAGGAAAAAGUUUCCCUGGAGAAGGAGAAAAGGCAACUAGAGAAUGAGAAUAAAAACCUGGCCAGGAGGCUGGCAAGCAGCCGGCGGGAGAUGGAGAUGCUGAGACUGGGCCAGUGUCCUCAAGUCAGAGAAACAGCAGCUGAUAUUCCUCAGGGUCCCAAGGAAGUUUCUAAAUGGGAUAUGCAUAAUUCAGACUACCAAGAACUGAAAUCUGAGUUAACUGAGGUUCCUGCUUCUCACAUCUUCAAAGAGAGUUCAACCAAUCAUUCCAGUAAUAAGGAUGUGGGCAAUGCAGGAUGUGGAGAACUCGUCUGGGUGGGCGAACCUAUCACCCUGAGAAAAGCAGAGACAAUUGCUGGCAAGUACGGUGUCUGGAUGAGAGACCCCGAGCCUGUGUUCCCCUAUACUCGGGAGACCACCUGGAGAGUUGACACAGUGGGCACAGAUGUUCGUCAGGUCUUUCAGUAUGAGCAGAUCAGCCAGUUCACCCAGGGCUAUCCUUCCAAAGUUCACGUGCUGGCUAUUCCGAUGGAGAGCACAGGUGCUGUGGUUUACCGUGGAGCCCUCUAUUACCAGAAACAUACAUCUAGAACCGUGAUCAAGUAUGAACUGAAAACUGAAAGUGUGAAGGCUCAAAAGGAGAUUCCCAACGCUGGUUAUCAUGGACAGUUCCCUUAUUCUUGGGGGGGCUAUACAGACAUUGACUUGGCUGUGGAUGAAAUGGGACUAUGGGUCAUCUACAGCACAGAAGCAGCCAAGGGAGCGAUCGUCCUUUCCAAAAUGAAUCCGGACACACUAGAACUCGAGCAAACCUGGGAGACCAACAUUCGAAAGCAAUCAGUGGCAAACUCAUUCAUAAUCUGUGGCACCCUAUACACUGUCAGCAGCUAUUCUACAGCUGACACCAUCAUCAACCUGGCUUAUGAUACCAGGUCCAGGAGCAGCAAGGCUCUGACCAUCCCAUUCAAAAACAAGCAUAAAUACAGCAGCAUGAUUGAUUACAAUCCUGCGGAGAAGAAGAUUUUCUCAUGGGAUAACUUCAACAUGGUGGAAUAUGACAUAAGGCUUUCUCAGAUGUGAAACACAUCAGAGUUAUCUCCUAGGAAAGAGAGGAAGAUGCUAUGCUCUGGAUUAACUAGGAACUCAAGGACAGGGGAGGAGGUAGAGCAGAAAGCAAGCUGUUCCAUGCUAAUCCUGGUUUUUUAUGCUUUUCCUGUUUUCAUAAACUCAGAAAAAAAUCAUCUUUUCAUAAUACUUGGCUCUGAAGUAGUAAAAAUUUUUCGAUAGGGGAGUGAAGGAAGAGAGGGAAAGAAGGGUAAGAAGGUGGAUGUAGUCUAAAGUGUUGAUUGAACACACAAUAGGUUCUGCUUAAACUAGCCACAUUUUUAUAAAGAAUACCAAAUGGUUAAAGAACCAUACCUUUGGAGGGCUUCCUGAUAAAAGUAGUAGGGGAAGAAGCUGAUUAUUUGACAAGUGGUUUAGCCAAUCAUACCUUUGGAGGGCUUCCUGAGAAAAGCAAUAGGGGAAGAAACUGAUUGCUUGACAAGUGGUUUAGGCUAUUCCACUGCGCUGGGUGGUGGCUUUGUAAGUCCAUCAACAUGGAUUCUCCCUUCAUGAAUGGAAUUAUAUCACUAUAUUUUCUCAUUCUGCUUGAUUUUCACUCAUGUUUUCUCAUGAAUUUAUCACCAAAGGACUGCCUGACUUGCUGAGGAGGGGUGGAAAAUAUUCCACUAUGAUUUUAAUUUCUCGGGGCUUGUAGAACUGCAAUAUAUAUAUUCAUAUAUAUAUAUUCAUAUAUAUAUAUAUAUAUAUUCAUAUAUAUAUAUGAAAAAAUGUAUAUAUGAAAAUAACAGGAAGCCAGCAAUUCAGAAUGAAGAGAAGCAUCCUAGUGCCUAUGCCGGGCUUGCAUUCAGAGACAAUGUAUUCUUAAGAGUUCGUUCCUACUGUCUCACUUGUAUCCAUUUGGAGCCUUUUCGAAUAAACAUGUUGCAAAAUGUU